GCCAUCACAAACCCAAGCGGCAGCGGUUACGCUUGAUCCACAUGGGAGCUGGUGUAGGGAAUUCCGGCGAGUCACAGAUGCCAGCGGUCGUACCACCCCACCUAGACAGCUCUGAGGCACAUGGAGGCAAGCAGGCCCGCUUCAGCAGCAUCGCUGCAGAGGCCCAGCGGGACCACGCCCAGGCGCAAGAGGCUCAGGUGGGCCAGGCAGGUUACAGGCCAUCCCGCAGCCUGGAUCGCCAGAGCGGUGUGCAAGGCAUCUGCUGGCAUCGGUCCCAAUUCUGCUGGCAGCUGCAAGUGCAGCAGCUCAGGAAGCGACACAACAUCCACUUCCCCAUCGGCAAGUUCCUGCAGCAGGGCCUUGGCGAGGAGGAGGCCGUGGCGGCCGCGCUGUGCGAAGCCAAGGCCCACCGGGAGGAGCUAGUACACAAAGGAAUCCUCAAAGCACCGAAGGCCAAGCACGGCAAGCACUCCAUGGUGAGGGGCGUGUCGUUUGACAAAUGUAAUCAGAAGUGGCGGGUGGGGUUAAGUCAUCCCAUUACCCAGAAGAGGGUUCUGCGCGGUCGCUUCGCAGCACAGGAGGAGGCUGAGGCCACAGCGCGAGAGCUGGCCAAGGAACUCGGCAUCAAGGAAGUUGAAGGCCACGUGGUGCGGGUCAAGAAGCUCUGUGAGCUGAAGCACUUUGAGCCGCUCGGGCCGGAGGUGGGAGUCAAGUGGAGUCUCUUGGAGCAGUGCUGGCGUGGCCGAUGCAGGGUCAAUGGCAAACAGAAACACAAGAGAUUCCGUCCCAAGGAUCUCUCAGAGAAGGAGGUGGGGAAUGCUUGGAAGCAGGCAGUGGCAUGGAGGAAGCAGCAAGAAAAGGAGAGGGAUCAGGCCAAAGAAAGCCCGGGGCACUGA